CAGCUCGAAUCCUUCGCGAAGCUUCAUUGGGCACCAUAUGAAUAUAUUUUGUUUGCUAAACCAAAUCAUGCCGAAGUAUUAAGGAGCCUCGCUGAACUAAAAGGAAGUUCAGCAAACGGCUUGCUUUUCCCAUUCCAUUUAUUUUCGAUCCGUAGCUGGUCUUUCAAAUUUACCGAUUCGAUUGAAGACUACACACUUCUCGAUGAACUGGAUAUCCCUAAAGAUCAAGUGAAGUUGGUCAUUGUAAUUGCUAGCGGCCCCAAAUCUAUUAAUGAAGACGCUGAAAGUAAAACAUUGAAUGUAACCGAAGAAAUUCGAAAGGAAGUUGAUAGCGCUCCAAUUUGCGUUGUUGCUCAGUCGGAUAAUCAACAUGAAGCGUAA